AUGCGUAAGCCACGAUUCCGAGCCUUGUUCAAGCAGUGGUACAAGUGGAUACAGAAUCGUCAGGCAAGUGGCAUGGCAGUCACAUAUUUGGAGUUACCCGAUAAAUCCGAGGGCGAUAGGAAACUCUAUCGCGCCUUGAGUCUAUCGAAUGGCGUGCGAGCCAUGCUCAUCUCAGAUCCUGGCAUGGGACAAACAAGUGCAGCAACUCUAACAAAUAAAUCCAUGCCGAGUGCACACAGUUCCAGUUCCAGUUCCAGUUCGCUGGAACAAUUCCAUGGCAAACUGGCAGCCUGUGCGGUUUCAAUGAGCGUGGGAUCCUUCAGUGAACCGCAGGAGUUUCAGGGACUCGCUCAUUUUCUGGAGCAUAUGAUAUUCAUGGGCUCGCAAAAAUAUCCCGAGGAAAAUGCUUUUGAUGCGUUUGUCACAAAAAGCGGAGGUUUUAGCAAUGCGCACACGGAAAACGAGGAAACGUGCUUUUAUUUCGAGGUGGAGGAACAACAUUUGGAUAAAACAAUGGAUAUGUUUAUGAAUCUGAUGAAGGAACCUUUAAUGUUGCCCGAGGCAAUGGCCCGAGAACGUUCCGCCGUGCAAUCGGAAUUUGAGCAGACUUUCAUGGUGGACGAGGUGCGACGGGAUCAGAUUUUGGCGAGUCUGGCAGGCGAAGGAUUUCCACACGCCACCUUCAGUUGGGGCAACUUGAAGUCACUCAAGGAGCAUGUAAAUGAUGAGGAUUUGCAUCGUGCGCUGCAUGAAUUCCGGCGUAAGCAUUACGGCUGCAAUCGCAUGACAGUCUGUUUACAGGCCAAAUUAUCUUUAGAUGAACUUGAGCAACUUUUGGUCCGACACUGUUCGAGCAUACCAGAGAGCGGGGAACCCCCUUUGGAUAUUACGAAUUUGCACUAUCGCCACGCCUUCAAGGAGAAGUUCUUCAAGGAGCUGCUGCUCGUGCAGCCUGUGGAGGAUGUGUGUAAGCUGGAACUCACCUGGGUGCUGCCACCCAUGCGCAACUAUUACCGCACCAAGCCGGAUUCAUUUAUAGCCCAUCUGCUGGGCUACGAGGGUGUCGGCAGUCUGUGUUCCUUUCUGCGGCGUCGUCUCUGGUGCAUGAGUGUCAUGGCUGGCGUGGGAGCCAGCAGUUUCGAUACCAAUUCCAUUUACUCACUCUUCAACAUGUGCAUCCAUUUGACGGACGAUGGAUUCGAGCAUCUGGAUGAGGUCAUCUCGGCCACCUUUGCCUGGAUUCAGUUGAUCAACGAUUGCGAAACAUUGCCAAUUGCCUACAAUGAACUGCAACAGAUUGCAGACAAUAAUUUUCGCUUUCAAAUCGAGAUACCCGCCAUGGAUAAUGUGCAGAGUAUUGUGGAGGCUUUGAGAUUCCUGCCGCCCAAGGAUGCACUCACAGGUACUCAGCGCUACUUUGAAUAUGAUGAAAAGGCCAUGCAAAUGUUGAGACAGCAUUUAACAGAUUUUAAAUUUAAUAUGAUGAUAUCAUCGCAUAUACCCUACGAGCACUACGAGUAUACGCAACGUGAGCCUUGGUUUGGCACUUAUUAUACAAGUAUUCCGAUUCCUGAAAAGUGGGCACAAAUGUGGCAUAAUCCAGAACCGCAUCCAGAACUCCAAUUGCCCGAACAGAAUCCAUUUGUGACGACGGAUUUUACGUUGCAGUGGAUAAAAGCGGGAAAACCGCACAUUUCCCGCCGUCCCAAGGCGUUGAUAAGAAAUGAAUUUUGUGAACUUUGGUUUCGACAGGAUGAUACAUUUCUAUUGCCCGAUGGUUUUAUAAAUCUCUAUUUUAUUACUCCAUUAAUGCGCAAUAGUGCGCAAGAAUAUGUGGCAGGUGUAUUAUAUACAUAUUUGGUCGAGUUUUAUAUUGCCGAGCAACUUUAUCCGGCUUUAAUGGCAGGUUUAACUUACGGUUUGGAUGCGGCGGAUAAAGGAUUGGUUUUACGAGUUAGUGGCUAUAAUCAAAAACUACCUUUACUUAUAGACAUCAUUAUAAAUGUAAUGAAAAAUCUAGAAGUUGAUAUGGCUCAGUUGAUGUCCUUUAAGGAACUAAAGAAAAGGCAACUUUUUAAUGCCGUUAUCAAUGGAUCAUCCUUAAAUCUCGAUCUGCGUCUCACAGUGUUGGAAUACAUGCGAUUUACACUGCUACAAAAAUACGAAGUUAUCGAUGACAUCACUGUGGAUGAUAUUUUAAAGUUUAAGGAUAAUUUUCAUAAGCAAAUGUAUGUGCAGGCAUUGAUACAGGGCAAUUUUACGGAACAACAGGCGAUUGAGGUUACCCAAAAAGUGUUGGACACGUACAAAAGUCAAAGGGUUGCAAAUCUGGUGGAGCAACACAAUAGAAUGGUGCAAUUACCUCUAGGAGAGCAUUAUCUAAGAGUAAAGAACCUCAAUGAAGAUGAUCCCAAUACAUUUAUUGUCAAUUAUUAUCAAAUUGGUCCUGCCACACUGAAAAUGGAGGCCAUGUUGGAUUUGGUUGAUUUAAUUGCCGAGGAACCAUUCUUUAAUCAACUGCGAACGAAGGAACAACUCUGCUAUAGUCUGGGCUUGUUUCAACGCAUUAGCUAUGGCAUUAUGGCUUAUAUGCUUAUUAUCAACACUCAGGAAACGAAAUUCCAAGCGGAUUAUGUUGACAAACGUUUGGAGGCAUAUCGACUGCGAGUGCCCAGCAUUAUUUCGCAAAUGAAUGAACAGGAAUUCGUUGAGAUGCGUGAGACAGUCAUCAAUAACAAACGACUCGGCGAUCACAGUCUCUUUGAUGAAAUGAUGCGAAAUUGGAGUGAAAUUGUCAGCAUGGAUUACAUUUUCAAUCGCAAUGAAAUUCAAAUACAAAUGCUGGCCGAUGUCACCAGAGAAAAUGUUAUGGAUUUUCUGCAACGAAAUGAUCGGCAUAAUCUGCGAAAACUCUCGGUGCAGGUUAUAGGCACUUCUAGGGUAAUCAGACGAUCGCAAACCGAAAUUCCCGAUGCCAUUUCCGAUGCCAUUGCCGCUCGGCAUGGCACGACAUCGGGUUUAGCCGGUAGAUCUGGUACCCUAGCUGUUAUCCUAGACGAAGUGCAACGCAAUAUAUCCGAGGAGCAAAUGUUGUACGAAAAUAUUGGUGAUAGAAUCCAUUUGGAAUUCAUUGGCGAACCUGAAAAUCGCAGUCAUAUAACGAACAUUGAGGAAUUCAAAAAGAAUCUGCAUGUAUAUCCGUUCUUAACAGCCGAUCCCAAAUACCAUGGCUUAUAGCAUCUUCUUCAAGUCUCUGUCUCUGUAUUAAAUAAUUAUUUGUCGAGCACACACACACACACACAGAGUGGGUGGAAACUUUUCGCAUUGAUAAGCAACUGACGCCAUUUUAAUAACGCAAAUUACAGUCAGCUGUAGAAAUUUCUGUGCGCUCAUGGCAAGAG